GUUCUCCAAGGUAAUAGUUAGAUUGGCCACUGUAACUACAGCACAGAAAGACCGAAUGCUGUAGAUCUCGGUUGACGGGGAGAACUUUAGCGUUUUAUUUUGAAACAACUUUUGAUUCACGCAUCUUGGAAAUAAUAAUCACUUUUCCCGGGAUUUAUACAAUUUCUGCUGUUUGGAACGCGUGAAGGUAAAAGCACUAAAAUGAAGUCAACGGCGAUCUUUUUGCUAUUGAUGCUUUGGACCUGCGAGAGCGCGAGAGUCGCAGAAAGUAGAGACGACAACAGCGUUUACGACCUGUUCGAGCUCGUUCAAGUGCCCCGGAAAAACCACGGGGUCACCCUGGUAAAAGGCGACGACCCCUACAGUCCCGCCUACAAGAUUCUGAACCCCGACCUGAUCCCCCCGGUUCCCGAGAGCACCUUCAGGGACCUGAUCGAUUCCAUUCACGCGGAGAGGGGAUUCCUGUUCCUGGCCAAUUUUAAACAGUUCAAGAGGACGAGGGGAAGCAUCCUGACCGUGGAGAAGAAUGAUGGAUCCGGACCCGUAUUCGAGAUCGUCUCCAACGGGAAGGCGAACACCCUGGACAUCGUUUACUCCACUGAGAACAAACAACAGGUGGUGUCCAUUGAGGAAGCGGAUUUGUCUGUGGGACACUGGAAAAACAUCACUCUUUUCGUGCAAGAAGACAGGGUUCAAUUUUACGUGGGAUGCGAGGAGGUGAAUACGGCGGAGCUUGACGCGUCUAUCCAGACGAUCCUCACUCAGGGGAUCCCGGGUGUGGCGAGCUUGAGGGUCGGCAAGGGCGCUGUGAAGGACAGGUUUAUGGGUGUGCUGCAAAACGUGCGCUUUGUUUUCGGAACGACACUGGAGGCGAUUCUGAGGAAUAAAGGAUGCCAAAGCUCCACACAUAUGACGAAUAUAAUCACCCUUGAAAAUCCCAUAAAUGGAUCCAGCCCUGCCAUCAGAACUGAUUACACUGGACACAAAAUAAAAGAGAUUUGUGGUUUUUCGUGUGAGGAUCUGGCCAGCAUGUUCAAGGAACUCAAAGGUCUUGGUGUGGUGGUGCAAGAGCUGUCCAAUGAACUCCGCAAAGUAACCGAUAACAACAACAUGCUCAUGAACCGCAUAGGAGUUCAUAACGGUGUCUGUCUUCACAACGGAAUUGUGCACAAAAACAAGGACGAAUGGACAGUAGACGACUGCACGGAGUGCACUUGCCAGAACUCUGCAACGGUGUGCCGCAAGAUCUCUUGUCCCCUAAUUCCAUGCGCAAAUGCCACCGUGCCUGAUGGGGAGUGCUGCCCUCGCUGUGGGACCCCGAGCGACUCCGCUGAGGAUGGCUGGUCCCCCUGGUCUGAAUGGACCCAUUGUUCCGUGUCCUGUGGAAGGGGCAUUCAGCAGCGCGGGCGCUCCUGUGACCGCAUCAAUAACAACUGUGAGGGCACGUCGGUGCAGACGAGAGACUGCUACCUUCAGGAGUGCGACAAGCGAUUUAAGCAAGAUGGCAGCUGGAGUCAUUGGUCACCAUGGUCAUCCUGCUCUGUUACCUGUGGGGUCGGCGUCAUCACACGCAUACGUCUUUGUAACUCUCCAACGCCCCAGAUGGACGGCAAAGAUUGCCAGGGCGAAGGCCGGCAAACGGAGAGGUGUGAGAAAUCGGCAUGUCCGAUCAAUGGUGGUUGGGGACCAUGGUCACCUUGGGAUGCUUGUUCCAUUACCUGUGGUGGUGGAGUCCAAAGCCGUAAGCGUCUUUGCAAUAAUCCAGCACCCAAGUAUGGCGGUAAAGAAUGCGUGGGAGAUGCAAAGAGCAGCCAACUGUGCAACAAACAAGUCUGCCCUAUUGAUGGAUGUCUUUCGAAUCCGUGCUUUGCUGGAUCCCAGUGCACAAGCCUCCCAGAUGGAUCCUGGAAGUGUGGAAAAUGUCCCACAGGUUACACUGGAAAUGGAAUUGACUGCAAAGACAUCAAUGAGUGUGAAAAGGUUCCUGAUGCUUGCUUUGAAUUCAACGGAGUCCACAGGUGUGAGAACACAGUGCCCGGCUAUAACUGCCUGCCAUGCCCCACACGCUACACCGGCCCUCAGCCGUUUGGACGAGGAGUGGAGGACGCCGCUUCCAAGAAACAGGUGUGCACACCCCGUAAUCCCUGCCUCGACGGCAGCCAUGAGUGCAACAAGAACGCUCGCUGCAACUACCUGGGCCAUUUCGCAGAUCCCAUGUACCGUUGUGAAUGCAGACCUGGUUUCGCUGGAAACGGACACAUCUGUGGGGAGGACACGGAUCUUGACGGAUGGCCUAAUGCCGAUCUUGUGUGUGUGGAGAACGCCACCUAUCACUGCAAGAAGGAUAACUGUCCCAAUCUUCCAAACUCUGGCCAAGAAGACUACGACAAGGAUGGAAUCGGCGACGCUUGUGAUAAUGACGACGAUGACGAUGGCAUUACUGACGACAGGGACAACUGCCCGCUCGUCUUCAACCCAAGACAGUAUGACUACGACCGCGACGAUGUGGGAGAUCGCUGCGAUAACUGUCCGUACAACAGCAACCCGGAUCAGACUGACACUGACAACAAUGGUGAAGGAGACGCCUGUGCUGUGGACAUUGAUGGAGAUGGUAUUUUGAAUGAGAACGACAACUGCCCAUAUCUGUACAAUGUAGACCAGAAAGACACAGAUAUGGAUGGAGUGGGUGACCAGUGUGACAACUGCCCUCUGGAACACAACCCAGACCAGCUCGACUCUGACUCUGAUCGUGUCGGAGACAAAUGUGACAACAAUCAAGAUAUCGAUGAAGACGGCCACCAAAACAACCUAGACAACUGCCCCUACAUUCCCAAUGCGAACCAGGCCGAUCACGACAAGGACGGUAAAGGCGACGCCUGCGACUACGAUGACGACAACGACGGCAUCCCUGAUGAAAAAGACAACUGCAGACUGGUUCCCAAUCCAGAUCAAGUGGAUUCUGAUGGCGAUGGCCGUGGAGAUGCCUGUAAAGACGACUUUGACGACGACAGCGUCCCAGAUAUCUAUGACGUCUGCCCAGAGAACUUUGACAUUAGUGAGACCGACUUCCGCAAGUUUCAGAUGGUACCUCUGGACCCCAAGGGCACUUCUCAAAUCGACCCCAACUGGGUGGUCCGUCACCAGGGCAAGGAACUUGUUCAGACUGUCAAUUGUGACCCCGGUAUUGCUGUCGGUUUUGAUGAGUUCAACUCGGUAGACUUCAGCGGAACCUUCUUCAUCAACACAGACAGAGAUGAUGAUUACGCUGGCUUUGUCUUCGGAUACCAGUCCAGCUCUCGUUUCUACGUGGUUAUGUGGAAGCAGAUCACACAGACCUACUGGUCCCACACUCCUACCAAAGCACAGGGUUACUCAGGGCUGUCAAUUAAAGUGGUUAACUCCACCACCGGGCCGGGCGAGCACCUGAGGAAUGCUCUCUGGCACACUGGAGAUACUCCAGGACAGGUACGCACUCUGUGGCACGACCCAAAGAAUAUCGGAUGGAAGGAUUUCACCGCUUACAGAUGGCACCUGACGCACAGACCAAGAACUGGACACAUGAGAGUGGUCAUGUAUGAAGGCAAAAAAAUCAUGGCAGAUUCCGGUAGAAUUUAUGACAAAACAUAUGCAGGAGGAAGACUGGGUCUAUUUGUCUUCUCACAAGAGAUGGUUUACUUCUCAGACCUCAAGUAUGAAUGCAGAGAUAUGUAAUUGCACAGGCAGGAAGAAUAUCAAAGAAUGCACCUUUUUGUUAAAAUAUGUAUUCCGGGCAAAGUCCAGGGACAGAUUUGAUGUUACUUUUUCUGCUGUUGCUCACACACUGAUGGAGUGAGAAAGCAGGCGGUCAAUUUCAAUGCAAUUGCCGCUAGCUACCAAUUCAGAAUCUGGACCCCUCAACCAUUAGCAGGUAGAGCAGAAAAGUCUCUGUUGCUUUGCUUUUUUUUGGGAAGACUGAGAUCACUCUCUGAAAAACCUCAUUCAGCUCUGUGUGGGAAGGACUCCCGGCAGAUAGCUAUGCACUUCAAACCUUUAUUCACACAAAAACAUUUUUUUCUCCUCUCUCUCUAUUCCAGAAAAUAAUUAUGAGCAAUUUAUGGCCAAUGUAGAGAGAGAGUGCAAUUCAUUACAAUAAUCAGUAUUUUAUCAAAAACAAUUUUGUUCUUAACAUUAAAAAUGAGCAGAAGAAUACAGCUUUUGUUUUUGCUUCCAGUCUGAGCUGGAUUUCUAUCCGUCUAAAAUGUAGCUUUGCUGAAUCUCAUCUUAAGUUUCAUGUACAUUCAUAAAGGGCUGGUGGGAGACAUCUCGUGGUUUAGUGAGCAUAGUUUUCUCAGGGCUAGAUGGUUAAACCAAUUUAACAAAUCAUUAGAAAUGGCAUAAUGAAAGGUUUGAAGAUCCUCCAAAGUGAUGAAUGUUCCAUAAAAAUCUUUAUUACAGGAAAUGACUCGCCACAUACGGACAUUAGACUACCAAGUAAUCUAGUCUUCUUCUCAAAUAAAAUUUGAGUGUUAUUUGAGCGUCUGAUCUCUAAGGGAAAGUUGAGGUCAAGUUUUCAGACCUGAGUUCUAUGUAGCACUUAAAAUGCUUAUUGUUUGGCCAGACUGUGCAGUCAGAAGCACAAGAGAGGUCUGUCUCUCACUAAAAUAGAAUUAUUGAAACGUAAAGAAAACAAAACCUUAAAAGAAAGGCUGUGAGGCGCUUAAGGAGACGGUCUUCUGGACAGUGUUCAACUGCCUUUUCUGUAGAGAGAGAGAAAAAGAAGAACGUUGAUGUACAAAUAUUACCUCAUGACUGUUUUGUAAUUUGAUCAAGCAAAACGCUUUUUCAUAUGACUUUAUUUCCUUUGCUUAAAGAAAACAAAUCGGUUGCCUUAUCGCUACUGUAGCACAAGUUGUAAAUAGUAUUCCCGACAGAAGAAACACCCGGCCCCACACACCAAUGGAAAAUCGAGUGAAAUGGGAGACAACUUUUUUUUUGAGGAAUUCUUUUGUACUCCUUCAAAUGUCCAGUACUUUUUGUUAAAUUGAUAAAUUAUUGUUCUGUCUGUUGUCUCUGUUUGUAAGACUGUUUCAUAAGUGUGUGUAGAUAAAUGCUAUUUAAAUAAUUUAUCAUGGAGUGCAGCCUGAGGAGGAGGCAUUUCCAUCUGUAUAAACAGUUUGCACACUGAGGUGAAGAUGUUCUGUUCUUCAUUGUUUUUAUCUUUGUUGUGUUGUUAUUUUUGUACAAUUAGUGAUGCUUGACUGUAAACAUUUUUACUUAGUUUUUACUUGCAAAAUGCUAUUUUUACGUAUAGCAAUUAUUUUGGUACAUACUUUAGAAUAAUAAACAGAUGGUAGACAUUGUAAA